GAUGGAUAAUCGUACGUCGUCUGAGGAAGUCUCAGUCAAGGCUGAUCCAAGGACGGAGUCCAGAUCAAGUUUAUAUGAAGAUGACGCUCCUCAGUCGGCACGUAGUGAUGGAGCAGAUACCCCGGAUGUUGGUGAGAUGGAUAACGAACACGUGGACAGACUGCGGCUAACACGUGAUCACAUCGUGAUGAGGCUACAGGCUGGUCACGUGCUGGACCAUCUCCUGCACGAGAGGGUCAUCAGCGACAGGGAUGUGGACGAGAUCAUGGACCCUGAGAACGACGCCAAGCAGAGCGCGUCCGUACUGCUGGAGAUCCUCCCCAGGAGAGGAGCGCGCGCCUUCAAGGCCUUCCGCGACUCCCUGCUGCUGUGUGAGGCCGCCGACUACUCGGACCUGGUCACCGAGCUGGACAGGGUGGUGGUGGGGGGAACAGGAAUGCUGCAGAAGGACGACAGAAUCCAGGUGGUCAUCCGGGUGCGCCCCUUGCGGGGAGAGGAGAAAGAGCAGGAGCAGGGGUGCCUGACUGUGGACACACGUCUCAUGCAGGUGUCGAUUCCUACAAAGAAUGACGGCGUGCAGCAGUUUAUCUUCAACAAAGUGUUCCCAGAGGAGACCACGCAGGCAGAGAUUUUCAACACCAUGGCCAGUCCCAUUGUUGACGCAGUUUUGGAGGGGUACAAUGGGUGUAUACUGUGUUAUGGAAAAACCGGCUCGGGGAAGACUUACACCAUGGCAGGACCAUCGGACAGAGACCUGAACGAGAAAACAGAAGGCAUCAUCUACAGAGCGCUGAAACAGCUGUUUCUGAAGUCACAGAAGAAACAGGACUGGAACAUCGCCUUCUUCGUCAGCGUACUAGAAAUCUACAACGAAAAGGUAUUUGAUCUAACGGUGCCGAGGAAGGAGCGACCGUCACUGGACAUUAGAGAAGACCCGUCCAACAGUCUGUUCUUCGCCAACAACCUGGAGAAACACAACAUCACCAACGCCAUGGACGCCAUCAGGGUGUUCUUUGAAGCAUCGGCGUCCAGGAGAAGCAGGGCCACGGAGGUGAACGAACGGAGCUCCCGGUCUCAUAUGGUCUUCCAGGUCGUGGUGAGCAUUCUCCACAAAGAAGGGACAGAAUCCGGCCGUACGGGAGAGCUGUACCUGGUGGACCUGGCAGGCAGUGAGACCGCGGGGGAAGUCAACAAGGACGCCGAGGGACUCCGCGAGGGAGCCAACAUCAACAUGUCCCUCCUGCACCUCAAGGAAGUCAUCCGGGAUUUGUCCGUUAAAAACCGUCAGGAUUUUAAAUUCCGGCGCAGCAGUCUGACCAUGCUGCUGAAGAGAGUGCUGACGGGAAAUUCGAAGACGGCUUUUAUCGUCAACGUGGAUCCGUCUAAGAAGUCGCUGAGGGACACGCGAAGGUCACUCGAUUUUGCUUCGGAUGCGAAGAAGGUCAAGGUCAAGCCGAAGAUCAACUACAGCCCCUUGGAGUCUCUCCUCAUCAAGUACUUGAAGGACAUCGGUGACCUGAAGAGACAGAUCAAGACGAUGAAGAAGAGUCGUAAGAAAAGUGCAGACGGGAAAAGACUGAGGUCGGCGAAGAAGACCUCAGAUGUUGGGACGGAGGCCGAGGUAGACACAGCGUCACUCGCAUCAGAGUCGAAGGAAUCGUUUGACGUGGACAAGGUCCGUGAGCUGGUGAACUUCAGCGUGACCAACACGGCGCAGGACUUCCGUGCCAAGCUGGACGGUCUGUUGGAGGAGGAGCGCCGAGAGAUCAAGGACGAGAUCUCCGCACAGCUGAAGGGCUUCCAGCAGACGGUACAGGAGAAGAGCGAACAGGAGGCUCAGCAGGCAAAGGAGACCGUGGUGGCUACAGACAAGUUGCUGGAGGAGGUUCACAGUAAGCAGCAGCAGGUGUUAGAGGAACAGCAGCAGACCAGACAGCUGCUGUCCGACAUCAAGGAGCGGACAGCUGAAGAGCAGCACUCACGUGACGACACAUCCGGUCAGCUCAACGACCAUGUACAGCAGAUGAACAUGGCAAUGGAGGACCUGAGAACUUUGAACCGAGAGUUGAAACAUGAGAUGGAGUCCCACUUGGAGAACAUCCGACAAGACAUGAAGAACAGGGACGACACCACUGACAAAAGUUAUCAAGACGAACUCAAGAAGUUGCAGACUAACUACACAGACUUGAAGAUAGAGAUAAACUUCCUCGCACAGGCUUUCAAGGAACAGGCGAAGGCUGCUGAGGAAAGUAGGGCUCAGGCGGAGGCUGAGAGGACAGCAGCAGAGGGUGAUAUUGAAACGUCACAACUCAAUCACGAAUCCAAAACUCCACAACACAUAGAUCCCCUGUCGUCGCUAGAGGCUGGCACGGAGACGUCGUGUUGUGAAUGUUGUGAGGUGUGCUGCACGGGUACCUGGUACAGGCGGCCGGGGUACGCCUGGUUCAGCGUGCGCGGGAAGGGCGCCGGCUGGGUCACACUGCUGGUCAUGUUCCACCUGCUCCUCUGUCUGCCCAUCUUUCCUAUCAUCCUGUUUUAUUUCUACACGAGGAGAUACUAUCAGGAGACAUCUCGGCUACAUCCAACCGAAGAGUUACCGGUGAAAGAGGAAGGGGAGACAAUGUCGCGGGCGAUACAGGACUCCUAG